CAUGCGUUGGUCGCUCCUUCUCCUUUCUGUUCUCCCCGUCUGCGUACUUGCCGGCAAGUUCCAAGAAUCUAAUCUGCGUUCGAGCCAUGCGAGCCAUGCACGGUCCAUCCGCUCUCGAGGCAACCCAGGCAAUAACACUGGACAGGCCGCAAGGACGUUCACUUUGACGGAUUAUUACCGGGGACAGUCAUUCCUUGGUGAAUGGGAUUUCUUCUCAGGAGAAGACCCCACUCAUGGGAAUGUUAACUACCAGACGAAGGAGAACGCCGUAAAGAAGCGCCUUGCCUACGUUCAGGACGACGGAACCACAAUUUUGGCCGUUGACAAUACGUCCACUGUUGCUGUAGGAGGUAGACGCGAUUGCGUUCGCAUCAGCACCAAGAAGACCUGGACCGGUGGACUUUUCAUUGCUGACUUUUGGUCGAUGCCUCAUGGCUGCAGCGUUUGGCCGGCUUAUUGGUCUCUUGGCCCCGACUGGCCCAACGCAGGUGAAAUCGACGUUCUGGAAGGCGUACACGAGCAAGAGACCAACUCGUACACUCUUCACACCUCGGUUGGAUGUGAGAUGUCCAACAUCGACAAGGAGGCGUCCAUCUCGAACCAGGUUCACCCCAUAUGUGCCAGCAGUGGGCUCGACAACCGAGGCUGCGGGUUCUCCGACAUUGAUACUCGCACGUACGGCAAGGAGUUCAACUUGCUCGCUGGCGGCGUCUUCGCUCAUGUCUGGGACGACACUGGCAUCAAAAUCUGGCGCUUCCUCCGUCCUGAAAUUCCUGCCGACAUUACCUCGAAGAAACCCAACCCUGCGACCUGGGGUACGCCUGCGGCCUUCUUCCCCUCCACCAACUGCGACAUCGGUGCUCAUUUCUUCGAACAUUCAUUGGUGCUGGAUACCACGAUUUGCGGAGAUCUCGGAAACCCGACGUACGCGAGCUCUGGAUGCCCUGGAACAUGCGCUGAGGCCGUCGCCAACAAUGCGAACUUCAAGGUCGCAAGGUGGCAGCUCAACUACAUCGCCGUUUACCAAUG